AUGUCUAUGUUCCUAGGAGUGAGUGAACCAGAUUAUCGGUUAUUCCCUGGCAGACAAGCACAACUGCACUGGCUUCGACAUUAUCUUGAAGCUUAUAGGAGGAUGAAAAAUGAAGAGGGUGAUCUACAAGAAGAGGAGGUGGAAGACCUAUAUGCACAGGUCAAUCAGUUUGUUCUGGUGAGUCUGUGGCCUUUCUUCUUCUUCAAUUUCACAGUUUAGUAAAUAACCCCUUGUAUGUUUCAAACAGCAAUCAGCUGCCAAGUAAUAAAAAAAUAAACAGAUCCAUCUGAAUCUAAAUAAAUGGAAAAGGACAGCUAACCGGAGCUUAGAAAAGGGAAACCCCAUCCAUUUUUUUUUUUUACCACUUUUUUUUAAUUUUAAUUAAUUAUAUUUUUAUUGAUUUUCAAGUUUCAUAACAGUAAUUAUGUAUACAUUAAUUACAUCCGAAACCACAACAGCGUGGCUUUAACAAGUAAUGUUGCAUAACAUUUACAAUAGAUAUUGAUAAUCAUUAUACAGAUGAUGACAUAUAUUGAGUUUUGGACAAGCAUUAUACAAUUAAUGAUGAAUAUUGGAUAGGAUAUGUUUCUCCCAGAACAGUUUUUAUACUACUAAAUACGAAGUGUGAAUGGUGCUACAUAUUCGUGCCCUUUAAGAGUUGUACUUGUGACAAUUUGAGUAUUCCCCCAUAUCUGGUGCUGUUAUUUGUGCUGUUGCCUAAAUCUUACUUCUCAUUCCGCCCCUUCUAGGUAUAUCGACCAAGGUUUCCAUGUUUGCGCGAAGGUUAUGUAAUUUUUUGAUAAGGCGUAUGUUAUACCUUCCAUCUGUCUAAUACUUUCUACCCUGUUGGUCCAUUCCCUAAUAGAAGGGAUCUUUUCCUGUUUCCAGUAUACUGGAAUUAGGUGGUUUGCUGCCAUGAGCAGUUGGGAUGUCAAAUAAUUUUCCUUUUUAGUGAGAUUUUGGAGAGGCAUCAUAAAUAUUAGAUGUUCCGGUGUGAAGGGUAUCUGUUUGUGCAUAAUAAUCUGUGUGAGUUUGUGUAUGCGGGUCCAAAACUUUUUGAUUGUAGGACAUUGCCACCAGAUAUGUGUUGGAUUAGCCUCCCCCUGCCCGCAUCUCCAGCAAAUAUUUUGUGUUCCUGGGAACAUUUUGCUUAGUUUGGAAGGCGUGUAGUGCCAGCGGGUUAGGCGUUUAUAGUUACUUUCCUGGUUGGAAGUUGCAAUGGAUAUUUUGUGGGUUCUGGUGAAAAUGUGUUUCCAUUGCUCCCCUGAAAUGUCUAAAUUCAUUUCUCUAGUCCACUUGGUGGCGAAACCAGGAAUGUCAGUUUUGUCUGAGUGUAAUUUGUACAUUGUAGAUAACAAUUUCUUUUUUAAAGGAUGUGUUGUACACAGCUGUUCAAAGGUUGACAGUUCCCUGUUUCCCCCUGGCAGCAGCUUCUGGCUCCCCAUGAAAUGUUUCAAUUGUGAAUAAUGUAAUUGUUGCAUACUCGUGGGGGGUUGGCCGAGAGUUAGAUCUUGCAAUGUUAGUAAUGCAUUACCCUUGGUCAAGUCUUGGAGUGUUAUGUUUGCGGCCCCUCGGUGAAGCUCAUAAGUUCUACCUGUGAUAACUGAUGGCAGCAAUGGGUUACGCGUAAUAUGGUAUCGUGGCGAUGGGUAUGGUGCUAUAUUUGUAGAAUUAGUUACCUUCGACCAUGUCUGUAGUGUAGUUAAGAUGAGCGGGUGUUGUUUAUGUUUGAGAAGUGCAGUGUUCAGUUUGUGCCAUGGGAGUGAUUCAAGGGGCGCUAGAUUAUGGAGAAGAAACUAACUGGCAGCUUUAUUGGGACUGUUUGUAAAGUAUAGCGAUGCGUGGCAAUAUCAUCAUUUUUAUAAUGCUUAUUCUACAAAACCAUCCGUAGCAUGGUUUAUUCCAAGCCUUAAGAUCUUUAGAGACGGCUUCCAGAAGUGGGGCCAUCCAUUUUGUUUUUGUGUUUAGCCCACUAGGCAAUUUGUGGCAUUUGUAUUGUUUGCAUUGAGGUUGAAGACAGAACCUGUAGUCAGCGGUUUUAGAUGAGUCUAAACAUUCCAUUCUAAAAGCUUUGAGGUGAACAGGAUAGAGGUAUAGGUUGGUAAUUGAAUAAGGAAGCAGGGUGCAGAGAAUUAUUUUUUUUAGGACGCACAGUUGUGCUAAAAAUUUGCAUACCCUUGGAAAAUUGGUAAUAUAUAUCAUUUUAAAGAAAACAUGAGUGAGCAAGCAAAACACAUUUCUUUUAUUUCUUAUGGAAUUCAUAUUCAACUGAAGGUUAUAACAGAAUGGUACAAUCAUAAAACAAAACAUAGCAACAAAGACAAAAAAUUAAUUUGGUCUCGUCACUCCAAAUUACAGUGUGCCAGAAGCUGUGAGGCAUGUCAAGGUGUUGUCAGGCAUAUUGUAACCGGGCUUUUUUGUGGCAUUGGCGCAGUAAAGGCUUCUUUCUGGCAACUCGAUCAUGCAGCUCUUUUUUGUUCAUGUAUUGUUGUAUUGUGCUCCUUGAAACGACCACACCGUCUUUUCCCAGAGCAACCUGUAUUUCUCCUGAGGUUACCUGUGGGUUUUUCUUUGUAUCCCAAACAAUUCUACUGACAGAUGUGGCUGAAAUCUUUCUUGGUCUACCGGACCUUGGCUUGGUAUCAAGAGAUCCCCGAAUUUUUCACUUCUUAAUAAUUGAUUGAAUAGUACUGACUGGCAUUCUCAAUUAGUGAUGUCCCGAACGGUUCGCCGAAUGGUUCGCGAACGGUUCGCCACGAACGGUUCGCCGCGGACUCAUCAUUGAGUAAACUUUGACCCUGUACCUCACAGUCAGCAGACACAUUCCAGCCAAUCAGCAGCAGACCCUCCCUCCCAGACCCUCCCACCUCCUGGACAGCAUCCAUUUUACAUUCAUUGUGAAGCUGCAUUCUUAGUGAGCUGUCCAGGAGGUGGGAGGGUCUGGAAGGGAGGGUCUGCUGCUGAUUGGCUGGAAUGUGUCUGCUGACUGUGAGGUACAGGGUCAAUUUUUACUCAAUGAUGAGUCCACGGCGAACCGUUCGGGACAUCACUAUUCUCAAUGCUUUGGAUAGCUUUUUAUAUCUUUUUCUAUCAUUAUAAAGUUCCAUUAUGUUACACAGGUCUUUUGACAGUUCUUUUCUGCUCCUCAUGGCUCAGUAUCUAACCUGCUCAGUGCAUCCACGUGAGAGCUAACAAACUCAUUGACUAUUGAUACACAAACACUAAUUGCAGUUUAACCCCUUAAGGACAGAGCUUCAGAAGCUUGUCUUCCAGUUAAUGACAACAGCAUUUUUUGUUGUUUGCGUUCAACUGCAAUUUGCACUUUACUAAUUUAUUGCACCGACACAUAUUACAUACCGUUUUUUUAAAGGACAGAAAGGGCUUUAAUUUGAAGUAUAUAAAUGCUUAUUUAUUAUAAAAAAAAUGCAGAAAAAUGCAGCAAAAAAAAGAAAAUUUUGUGUUUUUUUUUUACAGUUUUUGCAAAAAUAAUGUGUGCAUAAUUAGUGCAGGUUAAGGAAAGUAAUUAAAAUAAAUUCAUUUAGUUGUUCUGAUUCACAGAAUAUAUAAUGUGUCUGGGAUUUUAAGUUUUUUUUGGUAGUUACAGGUCACAAAGCACAAGGAGUAAAAUAAACUUUUAAUGUGGAGCGAUUUUAGAAUUAUGUUUGUCUUGUAAGCUUAAUAGCCAUAAAAGAAAACAAAGUUGCCACACAAAAGUAUAUAUUUAUAUAAAGUAGGCUAUUUACCUAAGGUUGUUUUGACACUUUCAACGUAGCCAUUUCAACGCCAACCUCUGCUAAAUAUUGAAGUAAAAUGUAUUUUUGGUUUUUGGCACACAAACGUAUAACAAAGAACUUCUCAUGUGUAUUUUGUAAAAUUGGUGUGUGCUAUUCCUGUACAAAGUUUUAUUUUGUGUUCAGUUACCUCUGCUGAGUAAAGUGACACCCACAUUGUAUGUCUUUGGCACUAUUUCGUGAAGCUACAGUGCCAUAUAGGAGACCUGUCCUUUUCAGUAUGCACAGUAGAAUUUUGAGAGACGGAUUUAAUGCGCCUAUGCUUCCAUUUGGGGUAUUAUAGCAGUUUGACUAUUCAAAAAAAAAACAACCACAAAGGCCUACUAUUUGUAAAAGUAGACACUCCAGGGUAUCUCAUAUGGUGCAUAUUGUGUCUUAACAUGCACCCAUUUUUUCACCAAUAUAUGCCAAAGUAUGUGGUAAAAAAUAAUUUGGGGCAUUUUUUACAUACGGAUUACAUUUUUGCUGGACAUUUUGUAUAUUUCUUAUGUGCCACUAUGUUCAAACCCCCCAAAUUAUGCUCAGCUAAGUCUUCUAAGUAAAACAAUAUGCCUAAUGUAUGACCUGGAGACUAUUUUGUAAAGUUACAGUGCUGUAAAAGAGACGUGACAAAUUCAGGUUUUUAAGUGUGAAUUUUCAUGGAGGGUUUUGAUGCGUCCGUGUUCCACUUUGGAGCACUUGAGCAGGCUACAUAUUACAGCUACACCAUAAAGGCAUACCAUUUCUUUUGGGUGACAUGCCAUGACAGAUGGUGUACAGAUAAAUGACAUGGUAUGCUACACUUUUUUUGUAGUAGUAGAAAAGGUAACAAGAUUGAUUAACAUUAUUGUCUAGAAACACAUAUAACAGUACAUUUUAUUUAAUCUGACAACCAAAACUGUUAGCUAUGCUGAAAUGUGGUACGGUAGUGUACUAUAAAAAUUAGAAGCGCUUACGUAUCAGGGCUAGCUAGGCUUACUAAGCUUAGUAUCGUCAGAACUAGCAUUGUAGAGUAAUUAAUUAGGAUAUGCGCAUGUGGCUAUGUGUGCUAUGUUUUCGCUCUCUGCUGAAAGGACGUGGAGCUGAUUGAUAUUUUAUUUCCCCCCCUUUUUGUUGUUCUAGGUACCUUAAUUGUGACAUCAAGGGAGAUAUGUGGUUUCAUGUGAGGUAUUAUGAGGCUUUAGCUUUUAAUUCCUUUAUAUAAUUAACCACCGGUUUGUGCAGUCUAAGUAAAUUGUGCCGUCAAAUGAUAUGUUCAAGAACCCCAUGUUAGUGUGUGUUUUUCCUGAUCUGUCAGGAGUUAGGGCAGGCAGGUGGGCCACGUUAUGAGUGGCUGGUGCGGGCCAUGCCAUGGUUGGGUAUGUUAGGGGGAGGCAAGUUUUGUGACUUAUUGCGUAUCUGUCUUGGCGGGCUAGGCAUAUCGUGACUUGGGUACUGUGGUGGUACAGUUACCCCCUGUCAGGAGGGUGGCCCUAUGAUGGGUAAUGACACCCUUUGUGGCAUUGUGGUAUGGGGGGUCUCCAGAUAAGGCCCUGGGGAGGGUUAUGCGGGGUAGUCAGGGUGGCCUAUGUAAUCCGGGUUGAGUGGGGGGGAUCCGUGCAGGGCACGGGAUUAGCCUCCUAUUGGUGUUGGCGCGGUGGCUGGGGAGCUUAUUGGGGGGGAGCAUAUGUGGCCCGUACCCCCGGUUAUGUUUACCGUUCUCCAGGAGCUUGUGUGGGGCCCUAGUGGAUGUAAAAACAAACAAUGCAGGUAUAGCAGAGCUAAGAGAAGAAAGGUAUGGGACAUGGUAAAAUCAGUGUUAAACUUAAUUAGAGAGCAAGAUUAAAGACGUUAGUCCUCCAUGAGCAAAGUCUUAACUGCCAGCAUGUGGUGUGGCUGACUGGGAGAGAUCAGGUCGUGGCCUCUGCAUGGAUGUCCGCCGGGGGCCUCCUGGGUAUGAAGGGGGCUGUGUUCGCCGGGUCCCACCCAUGCGAUGUGGUCGCUGUUGCUUUUGAGGUGUUGGUUAAUGAGUUUGGUGGGAGGCCCAGGCUCUCCAGGAUCGCUGCUGCUCCUUCCAAAUCGUGAACCGGGUAGAUGGUUCCGCCGUGGGAGAUUGCCAGCGUGUGUGUUGUCUUCCAUCUGUAGGUGAUGUUCUGCGUCCGGAGCAGCGUCGUGAAGGGCUGCAGGGACUUUCGCCAUGUCAGUGUGCUCCCUGUGAGGUUGGCAAAGAAGGUAAGUGAAGAGUUCUCAAAGUUGUAUGGGGAUUGUCCCCGGAGGGCGCCCAUCACUGCGUCCUUGUCCUGAUUUGCCUGGAAAUGCACAAUCAGGUCACUGGGAGCAGUGGCCGGGCCUUUGGCGGGUCUGGGGACCCGGAACGUGCUUUCUAUCAUUAUCGCUUUCGCCUGUCUGGGAGGCAAGAUCGUGCCCAGGAGGCGUCUAAUAAAGUGUGGCAAUUCGGCGUCUGGGAUUGCCUCCGCCACCCCUCUGACCUUGAGAUUUUUGAGUCGUCUGGAGUCUUCCAUUAUUGUGAGUAUCUGUUCUAGGGUAGUCUGUUGAUUUCGGAGGGUCUGCAUCUCUUGUUGCAGGUGCAUAACCUCUUGUUUGGCGUUGCGGGAGUCAGUCUCCAGGGCCCCCGUGCAGCCUGUCAGGCCUUUGAGGUCGUUGCGGAGUGCUGUAACAUCCGCGUGGAUGUCCCGCCGGAGGUCUGCUAGAAGGUCUUGCAUAUCGGCCUUGGUCACAGGCGGCGAGUCCCUCUUUGGCGAGGUUGGUGCUGGCGCCUGUCUUGGCCCCUGUGAGGAAAUCCGCCAUCUCCGCAAGUUGGUCGUCCGAGAAGUCUGAGCUUUCUUCGAGGUAGGACGCCAUCUUAGAUUGCGAGGUCUCAUGUGCUUGCCGCCACAGGUCCCCAAUGUUCAUGCCCAUUCUAGGCUUGUCCGCCUUCUGUUUUUUUGUUUUUUGUCCCAUUACGGUGUAUGCUGGUUUAGUGUCCAGUUGGCACCGAUUUGUUUGGGGUAACUGUUGUUUAUAGCGCGGAAAUUAGGCCUAGUAUUGCAGAACUUGGCUUAGGUGCGACCGCUCUGUUCUAUUGCUUGGCUCCGCCCCCCCAGGCAUACCAUUUCUUAAAGAAGACAUUCCAGGGUAUUUCAGGGUAUUUUAGAUGGUUGGUCAUUGAACCUUCCCCACAAACACAUACUAUUUAUUAAAGAAUACACCCUGGGGUAAUUCAAAAGGCAUAUUUUGAACCUUAGCGUGGGAUAAUUUUUUCUCUAAUUUGUUCCAGGUGUAGUGGUAAUGCGUGUUUUUAAAUGUAUUUUUUUACUUUUUGAAACUUUUUUUACUUUUUAAAGCUAGUGUUUAAACUUUUGUUUUGCUUAUUAAUUUUUUGUAAACUUUCCUAAACUUUUUUUUUACAGAUGUAAAAUUUUUCUAAGCUUUUGUUUACCAUUAACCCCUAACUAGCAGUAAGCAGCUCUAACACUAAAUUCCCCACUUUCCCAUAACUCCCACCCACCCCAGCUACCAAAAUAUAUAAUUAUAAAAUAUUUAAAUGAAUUAAUUAAAUCAAUUGAACCCCUGAGGGUUAAAAAAUAAAUCAAAGUUAAUCCUCAAGGGUUAAAAAAAAUGAGAUUACAAUAGAAUACUGUGAUCUGUAUUUUGAUCACUGUAGGCAGUGAUCGACUGGCAGAGAAGGGGUUAAUUUUUAUUUGGACUGGCUAAAGGGGUGUGUUUUUUAAAAUUUUUUACUUAAACGUUAUUAAACCUUUUUUAACUUAAUUUUUAACUUUUUAAAGCUUAUUUUAAAACUUUUUUUUAACAUUAACCACUAGUUAGCCUAACACACAAAUCCCCUAAUUCCCCACUAACUUCCUCCCACCCCAGCCCAGCUAGCUAAAUAUAUAAUUUUUAAAUAUUUAAAUUAAUUAAUAAAAUUAAUUUAACCCCUGAGAGUAAAAAAAAAAAAGAAUUAACCCUCAGGGGUAAAAAAAAAUCAGAUGACAGUAAAAUGUAAUCCCUGCCAAUUGAUCACUGUUGUCAGUGAUCAAUUGGCAGGGAAGGUGUUAAUUUUUUAUUAAAAUGGAUAAAGGCCGGUGGGAUUUUAAAUUAACUUUAUUUAUUUUUUAACAGGGGGCAGGGUCAUCACUGAUCCGUCUCCCUGCACUUCACACAGAAUCAGGAAGUGCAGGGAGGCAGAAGGUAAGUACAUUGAGCACAUGUGCUCACUCUGACAGCCUGUCAGAGCGAGCACCGGUGCUGGGGCAGCACUAUAUGGUGCCCCCGGUCUGCCUCUAAUACAGAGGCAGACCGGAGCACCAUUAACCCCGGGAUCGCCGCCAUCUGGGGUUAAUUUUAACGCGUGACAGAUCUGGUCCGCCACUCGUCGUUAAGGCUCUCCUGAGUGACGAACCACGUCCGUCACUCGUCGUUAAGGGGUUAAAAAGCCACAGGUGUGGGAAGUAAACCUUUAUUAGUGCACCUUGUGUGUCUGUAGCAAGGCCAAACGUUCAAGGGUAUGUAAACAUUUGAUCAAGACCAUUUGGGUGAUAUCUGUUAUGAAUUAACCCCUUCCCGAGAUUUUCCGUCAAGCUUGUCCGUGCGUUAAGGACCGUUGACGUAAAAUCUCGUUAACGUUAACGCCAGAUCGCCGCGAUCGUGGGGUUAACGCUGUUGCUGGGUGCCUCGAUGUCAGAGGCAGACCAGCAACCGCCAACAGAGCUGUCCCAGCACAUGUGAUCGCUGUGACAGCCAGUCACAGCGAUCACAGUGCUGCUGGGAUUCCUGAUCCUCCUCCCUCUGUAUCUGUGUUUUAAAAGUAAUUUUAAUACCUUUAAAACCGUGUUAACCCUUUCCUUGCCCUUUUGAUCACUGCCUGCAGUGAUCAGUAUACUGAUCACAGUAUUUAACUGUGAUCUAAUUUUAUUUUUGUACCCUCAAGGGUUAAUUUUAGUUAAUUUGUUAUUUAAUUAAUUUAAUGUUAAUUCCUUAGUUAGCUGGAGUGGGUGGACUUUUGUGGGAAUUUGGGAAAUUGAUUGUUAGGCUAGUUAGAGACGAAAAGUUUAGAAAAGUUCUGAAAAGUUUUUAAAAGUUAAAAAAACUAUAAAAAAAUAAAAAAGUUUUUAAAAAAAAUUAAAAAAAGUUUUAAAAAAGUUUGUUAAAGUUACACUUUUAUAAUGUCUAGAAGGUACACAGCUGAGGAGGCUUAUGAUAUACUAGCAGCCGACUCUGACGCCACAGACACUGCCUCUGAGAGUGGUGAUGAGACUGUGCCAGAUACUGCAGGGCCCUCUGUUGUAAGCGCUGAGUCCUCUGACCUGGCUCAUGACGCUGGUGACUGGGAACCCCUAAAUGAUUUCACGCCUGACAUCCCAGUAUUUACUGGCAGUCCUGGAAUUCAGUUGGACGUCACUAACUACAGUGCACUGGAUUUCAUGCAGCCAUUCUUGGGGGAUGAUAUUUUAGGGGAUAUAGUCACCCAGACCAACCUUUAUGCUGUGCAGUACCUGACUCUUAAUGAUCAGAGUCUCGUCGCCAGGCAAGGGAGUUGGUACCCCACCAGUGUGCCAGAAUUAAAAAAAAUUUGGGCACUAAUAACACUAAUGGGCAUUAUUAAAAAACCCAGCAUCAGGAUGUACUGGUCCAAAAAUCCUAUAUGCAGCACCCCUUUUUACUCCCAGACCAUGAACAGGUCCAGAUAUGAAGCAAUGCUUCGCUUUUUACACUUCAGCGACAAUUCGAAGUGUCCCCCAAGAGAUAAUCCUCAAUACGAUAAUCUCCAUAAGAUUCGCCCCCUUAUUUCCCACUUUAACAGACAGUUUGGCUCAAUGUACACCCCACAAAAAAAUAUUUGUGUAGAUGAGUCUCUAAUGAAAUACAAGGGCAGACUGGGGUUUAAACAAUAUAUCCCGGCAAAAAGAUCCGGUAUGGGAUAAAGUUGUAUAAACUUUGUGAAAGUGCCAGUGGUUAUGUUUACACCUUCCGUGUUUACGAAAGUAAAGACAGCCACUUGGAUCCCCCAGGUUGCCCGGAUAUCAUUGGGACCAGUAGAAAAAUCGUAUGGGAUUUCAUUAACCCAUUGCUAAAUAAGGGGUAUCAUUUAUUUAUAGACAAUUACUAUAAUAGCAUCCCUCUUCUUAGGAUGCUUUAUUGCUUUGAAACUGUGGCCUGCGGCACUAUCCGAAAGACACGUGUCAGUUUCCCAAAAGCCCUGGCACAAAAAAGCUCAAGAGGGGGGAAACGGCUGCUCUCUGCCAGGACGAACUGCUGGCUCUCAAAUUCAAAGAUAAGAAGGAGGUGUUCAUGCUAACAUCUAUGCAUACUGAGCACACUCGAAGAGUCGCAGUUCGUGGCAGCCAAGAAAUUAGACGGGUGCCAGUCUGCAUUAGGCAGUAUAACAAGCACAUGGGGGAGUUGACCUGUCCGACCAACUGCUGCAACCCUAUUUAAUACUGAGGAAGACCAGGGCAUGGUACAAAAAGCUUGGCAUUUACCUUAUGCAAAUGGCGACUCACAAUGCCUUUAUUCUGUACAAAAAGGCAAAUGCUGACAUUAAAUCCACAUUUCUGGAUUUCCAGUUUCAUCUUAUUUCUGGGCUGCUCACUGAGUGCGACAGUGGGGAACCAUCAGCUGGGCCUAGCAGGAGAAGGGUUGAGACAGGUCACUUCUGUUUCCGGAUACCACCAACCCCCAAAAAGAAGACACCCCAGAAAAGGUGCAGGUUGUGCUACCAGAGGGGCAUAAGGAUGGAAACCAGCUUUUAUUGCCCUAAUUGCCCCUGUCAGCCCGGCCUUUGUAUUGGCAACUGUUUUAAAGUUUUUCACACCCAGGGAGAAUAAGUUGCACAUUGUAUAUAUAUAUAUAUAUAUAUAUAUAUAUAUAUACAUUUUUUUUUAUUAUUUAGUUCUUCCAUUUUAAAGUUGCUGACAACGUUUAGGGCCAAGGAGGCUGCUGCAAUUCUUACCUCUGACUGAUUAUUUCAUUAUUUUUAUUUUUCUAAUUUUAGUUAGUUAAUUAGGGUGCAUGGUAAUUCAUAGGAAGUUGGGGAGUUUAGUGUAACGCUAGGGGUGAAAAGAUUUUUUUUUUAAAAUAGAAAAAAAUAUCUUUUAUAACAUUAUUUAGUUAAAGUUCUUGUGUAAAAAGUAAAAAAUGCUUAGGAAGUUAUGAAUUCUAUCAGCAGACAGAGUUGACAGGUAGUGCCCCAGAGUUUAAUGCAGGUUAAUACGGUGAUUAAUACCUUCUUUAAAAAAUGGUAGGCCUUUGUGGGGUAGUUUGAAUUAUCAGCCUGUAAAGAUGCUCUAAAAUUGCACAUGGACCCAGCGUCAAAAUUCAAAGUUUGAAAAAAAAAAACAAAACUGAUAUUGCUUAGUCUCCAAUGUGCCCCUUCAACAUCCACAUAUCCCUGAAAAAGGUACACAUGGGGGUACUGUUGUACUAAGACGACGUGGCUGAGCAACAUAAUAGGUGUUAUACUGCCUUAGCACACAUAAGGAUUGCAAAAUAUACUGUAACAUCUCCAAGUGUGUGUCAAAAAGGCAGAAAAAAUACUAAUUGCUACUAGACUUGGUACAAACUAGUAAAAAAAAUGAUCCUACGCUAGGAUUUAAAAUAUGCCAUUUGAAGACGCCCUGGAGUGUCUACUUUUACAAAUGGUAGGCCUUUGUGAGGUUUUUUCCAACAGUCAAACUGCUAUAGUGGCCCAAAUUGAAACAUAGGCCCAUCAAAUCCGUCUCUCGAAAUUCUACUGUAAAUACCGAAAUGGACAGGUCUCCUAUAUGGUGCUGUAGCUUCACGAAAUAGUGCCAAAGACAUACAAUGGGGGUGUAAUUUUACUCAGAAGACUUAGCUGAGCAUAAUUUUGGGGCUUUGAUCAUGGUAGCACAAGUCAAAUAUACAAAAUGUCAAAAUGCCAAAGACAUACAAUGGGGGUAUCGUUGUACUCAGCAGAUGUAGCUGAACACAAAAUGGGGUUUUGUACAGGAAUAGCACACACUAACUUUACGAAAUACACAUGAGAAGUUCUUUGUUAUAAUUUUCAAAAAACUAAAUUUUAGUCCAAUAUUUAGCAGGGAUUGGCGGUGAAAUGGCUCCGUAAAAAGUGUCAAAAUAAUGUUAGUUAAAUAGCCUGAUGUCUUCUUUAUAUAAAUAUAUACUAUUGUGUGGCAAUUUUGUUUUCUUUUAUGGCUAUUAAGCUUACAAGACACACAUACCAAAUUCUAAAAUCGCUCCAUAUUAAAAGUUUAUUUUACUCCUUGUGUUUUGUGAGCUGUAACUACCAAAAUAAAAUGAAAAUCCUAGACACAUUAUAUAUUUUGUAAAUCAGAACAACUAAAUUAAUUUAUUUUUAAUUACUUUCCUUAACCUGCGCUAAUUAUGCACACAUUAUUAUUGCAAAAACUGUAAAAAAAACAAACAUUUUCAUUUUUUUCCAUAUUUCUUUAUAAUAAAUAAGCAUUUAUAUAUAUAUAUAUAUGUGUGUGUGUGUGUGUGUGUGUGUGUUACAUCAAAUUAAAGCUCUUUCUGUCCUUUAAAAAAACGGUAUAUAAUAUGUGUCAGUGCAAUAAAAUAGUAAAAUGCAAAUUGCAGUUGAACGCAAACAGCAAAAAAUGUGAAAAUUUAUUGUGUCCUUAAGUGCAAGACAAGCUUUUGAAGCUGUGUCCUUAAGGAGUUAAAAAGAAGCCAAACAACUACAUGAUAAUAAAUGGCUUCAUAUGAUCACUAUCUUUUAAUAAGAAAUGUGUUUUUGCAUGAUCAGUCACAUUUUCAAAAUCAUUGCCAACAUUUCACAAUUUCUGCCAGGGUAUGCAAACUUUGGAGCACAACUGUAAGCGACAAUUGCAAGAAAUGGUUUCAGAUGUUGCUGCACAGUCAGGAUAGAAUCCUUUCAUGGAAAAAGGCAGUUCAGAAUGUCCUGCCCCAGAGUUUACAGAACUGUACCACUACUUGAACUGUGCACAGGAAGGAUCGUUGACCCUAAUAUUCUUCUGUGAUUUAAAAACACAUUACAGUUGUUGGGUAUAGUACUCCUGCAAACAUUGCUCAAAGUACAAAUUCCAUUAAGUGUUAUGUUUUUUUACAUUGUUUUACAACACAGCAUGGUAUUUUUAAAGCACAUAUUGACAUGCAAGGCAAACAGCUUAACUGCGUAUGUAUAAGUCUAUAGGAGGAAAGUCCAAUACAGGAAUGAACCAUCAACACAGUUUCACUUUUAUGCACAUAAUGUCUUGAAUUGUGUCUGUUUAAAUGAAUUCAACAAUGCAUCAUUUAAGAGAAGACCAAGUGAGUCUUCAUCAAUGUCUGUCUGUAUUUUCCGCUGUAGUACCAAGGCAAAAAAUCAGUUUCUGUUGCGUAUCUUUCAGUUUCAUGUGUACAUAUUGGAAUUGUGGGGGGAGGCAUGGUUGCUUGGACAUUGUUAUGGUGGGAGCAAAAUGCUCUUUUUCAAAGUCUGUAAAUGUAUUUAUUAAUUUUAGUGGUGCAAUAUGGGCUGUUAUUAUAUAAUGUCCUCUUUUUCAAGUUCAAUAGCUAGUGUAACAAAUUACAUAAUGUAGGCAAACAUUUUAAUUCAUGGUUGGUAAGACCACAUCACUACUAUGUCUUUUUUAAUUCGACUUAUAUCACAGCACGUGUUAAACUGUGAAUGUUAUCUAUAUAUAUAUAUAUAUAUAUAUUAUUUUUUAUUUUUUUCUAUAUAUGGUUUGUUUGAGUAACAAUGUGCUGUUUUUAUAUAGGCAUCUCACUUUUUCUGGGGUCUCUGGGCUCUAAUUCAACACAGAUUUUCUGACAUCGAUUUUAACUUUGGACGGUAAGUUCCUUCAGCCGUGUUUACUUUAGAGGAGUUCAAUUUGACAAGGUACCACCUGGUAACAAAAUAGUGGGAUAUUGGAUUUUGUAUCCAUUCAUAUUUUAACGCAUUCUCUUUAUAUGAUGGAUUAAAAUAUUCAAAAACAAUUAAUUUAAAAAUAAUAAAAUUAUACUCCCAUCUGAAGUUCCUGUAUUUGCUAUAAGUCCACAGGCUUUGCUGUUUCUCGUGGGGAAGAAAAAGGUCUGGGAACACUUUAUUGGAAACAAAAAGGCAAUGUUUCGACCCAAAAAACAAGUCUUCAUCAAGUCACUAAGCACUCACAAUGCAACAUAUUUAUAAUACAACACAAUAAGAGCCAUUACUCACAGCCGUGCUUCCACACCAGGAACAUUGAGAUAGAUGGUGGCAGUGGCGUCAGACAUCCUGUACAACUUUAUUAUUAUAGAAAAAAGCUAAAUGGCCACUUUCUACUUAAAGGAACACUCUGGCCAGCAUAAAAACAUCAAUGUUAAGUAAUUAGGAAAUUAACAAUCCUGUAGAAUAUGCAUUAUACAUGCUGCAGGGCAGCACUUUUUGUGCAUUUUCAUAAAUAUGACAAAAUUAGGUGUCCCCGUAAACAUGGUGAAUCUGGUAACCCUACCUAUAGCACAAUACAGUACCUUGUUUAUACCAUUUUGGAUUAUAAUAUAUAUUAUAUUAUGAUAUAUUCUGGGAGCAGGUGGCCCAGGCAUUAUAAGCAUUUAUUUCAUUGUAAUGCUCUGGGAAAAGGUCAGCACUGUGUCAUGUGAUAUAAAUGUAUUCUACAUCCAAGCAAUAUAACAAUUUGCAGAGAGUACCACGCACUUUACUUUGAGAGUGGUUUAUAACUUCAGUGAAAAAUUGCUGCAGGUGUAAGCUAGUCGUUUAGAGCUGUCAGUCAAAUUUACAGUCAGUGGUGUACCUACCUGCGACCGUGGGCCAUCUGGAUACCUUCUGGGCCGGUGCACAGACGCACCAGCCCAGGUCCACGGGCGUCUGGCAGGAGGGGAGAGCUGUGCUACUCCCCUCCUACCUGUGUGUAGCGUGGCCAAGUGGUCUGUCAGGAAGUGCUCACUAAGAGAGCCAUUCCUGCCAGACCGGCCGCCCCCGUGUUUCCCCUGUCAUGAGGGGGCAGAAGAAGUGGCCUGCUGGCCACCUAAUGGAUCCUCCUGGCAGUCUGCUGUGUUCCUAGCAGAGACAGAGAGGGAGCUGUGUUCUCCCUGCUCUGCUCCCUUGCACGCCGUUUGCUGAUUCCGGGAGUCCGGCUCCCGACAUCAAGAGACGUCACGAGGGAUCAGAGCAGGGAGAACACAGCUCCCUCGCCUUCUCUGCUGGGAACACAGCCGUCUGCAACACUGAAGCCCCACUGGAUCCCAGGGACAGAUCCAAGCCAGUUCUCCAGCUAGGAGACUGGGUGGACAUUUUUAAAUUUAAAAAAUAUGAAUAAUUUGUGUGUGUCUGAGCGUUUGUGAGUGAGUGUGUGUGUCUGUAUUUGUGUGUGUAUGACUGUAUGUGUCUCUACAGCUCUGUGUGUGUGUCAGUCUGUCUGUGUGUAUGGGUCUCUGUGUGUAUGUGUCUGCAUGUGUAUCUGUCUGUCUGCAUGUGUGGGGGGGCGGGGACAUAUGGGGUGGGAGGUAGAUUUAUGGUGGGGUAUGGGAGGUAGAUGUAUCAGUUUUUAAAGCAGUUACAGAGUGAAGAUUGGAACUCCUGCUGAGGGAUAAACUACUUUUAUCAUAAACCACAGAAGUAUACGAUAAGUCCCUAUGGAGCAGAAUAAGAGGCUCAUGAUUGGUGGAGCUUCUUCCUGCUAGAAGGCACUUGUAGUGCAAUAACAGCAGGUUCUUUAAAAUGUAAUUUUCAUAUAUAGUUUUUUUUAAAUUAUCUGUACAAUAUCAAUAUGUUUGUCUGUCUGUCUCAGGUAUGCAGUAUUACGGUUUAAUCAAUAUUUUGAAACAAAAGCAGAAGUGAUUCCACCACAGGCCAUGAACUGA